UCCUCUGUCGGACCUUCAGCCAGCGAACUACGGCACCGUCAUCCGUCCGUGACUUGGCAUUCUCGCCACGUCAGACGACCCGGUUCGUCGGAGUCCAAGAGAACGGUGCCGUCUGUAUCUGGGAUCUCCGCCAAGAGGCGCGUCCUUGGCUCACUUUUCAGGGCCACUCCUGCUGCAUUCUUACUGUUGACUGGCACUCUGCAACAUCCUGCUCCGCAGACGAAGGGUGGGUGACAUUAUUUUGGUUGAGCAAUUUGAGAAUAAUCCUUUUUGCGAACGAUAUCUCUGGCAUUUUUGUAUCAUGGAGUAGCUUCACCAAAGCCGAUAACAGUAGUUGCACCGUUCUUGUCUUAACUUUCGCUAUCAAAAGAUCGUGA